AUGGCUGUGUUUUCAUUGAAGCGACAUAAGGAUGAAAUCGUCGAGGCUGAAUCUGAGGCAGAUACUUCGUGUCCAAAAAAGCCAGAUGUGACAGAAAUCGCCGUGGAUGAGGAGAACUCCAAGUUGCAAGGGGAAACUGCUGCUAUCGAACAAGAGACCGAGGAAAACCCUGAACUCGCCGCAUUGCCUUUGUCAGUUCGCCAGCUGAUCAACCUGGAAGAUGAUCCCACUCUACCUACCAUUACCUUCCGGUACUUUAUACUUUCUGCCGUCUUCGUGAUCCCAGGAGCGUUCUUGUCCCAAAUGAGUUAUUUCCGUACGACCAAAGCCCCAUACUCUGUCUUCUUCGUCCAGAUUGCUUGUCAUUAUGCCGGUCACUUUCUCGCUAGAGUCCUCCCGGCUUGGAAUAUUGGCAUUCCUGGCACUCGCUUCUCUUUCAACCUGAACCCGGCUCCGUGGAGUAUCAAAGAGCACGUGUUAGUCACAUUAACAGCCGCAUCAGGUGCGACGUAUAAUCUCGGAUAUGUUCCAAUAGUGCUCGCAGAGCUGUGGUACGGAGAACGAAUCAAUCCUGCCGUUGCAAUUUUCUUCAUGCUUGCUAUCAUCUGGAUCGGGUACUCGUUUGCUGCCCUGGCACGCCAAAUUCUCCUUCCCGAUCCCGAAUACAUUUGGCCCACGGCCCUGAUGCAGACGACCUUGUUUGAAACAUUCCGGAAGCAAGACAACUCGUCGGCUCUUGCUCGCCGACAGAUGAAGGUGUUCUUCUUUGCGCUUCUUGGCAUGACCCUAUGGCAAUUUCUCCCUGAAUAUGUCUUCCCAUUCACUUCCUCCCUCGCUUUCCUCUGUUGGGUAGCACCUCAUAACCCAGUGGCCAACUUUAUCGGCUCGGGGAUUGGUGGCAUGGGCUUCCUCAAUCUCUCCUUGGACUGGUCUAAUGUCAACUGGAACGGAUCCUCCAUCAUGCUCACUCCUUUCUGGACGCAGGUCAUUCUGUUUUUGGCCUUUGCUUUCAACUGUUGGGUACUGCUUCCUGCUGCGAAGUGGGGCAACCUGGGUUCCUAUAAACACGGCCUCAUGUCGAACAGCCUCAUGCAGGCCAAUGGUACCAGUUAUCCAACACUUGAAGUGCUCACCUCUGAUUAUCAUCUCAACGAGACUGUAUACCAAGAGUUUGGGCCGAUGUACAUGGGUUUGCAGAAUGUGUGGGCGACUUUCUUUGACUAUGCCAAACUCCCAGCAGCGGUCACCUGGAUUUUGACAUUUGGGUUCGUCCAAGUUUCUGGUAAUCUCCGCAAGAUUUUUCGAAACAAGUCAGGGAGUCCUGAAAAAUCGACGGAGAAUAGAGGCAUCCACUAUCAGUACCAUGAUCGCCUGAACGUUAUCCAGAGGAAGUACAAGGAGAUUCCGUGGUGGUGGUAUGGUGCCUUGUUCUUGGUGUCCUUUGUCAGUCUGAUUACCAGCAUUGCGUGUGGGUAUCUCUUCAUUCCUAUCUGGACUCUGUUUGUGGCACUUUCAAGUGCCGCCAUCCUAGUGGUUCCAUUUGCCUGGCUGUACGCCAUUUCCAACUACCAGCUUGAGACCGGUUCCUUCAACGAACUGAUGUACGGAUACAUGGUUCACACAAAGGCUGGCGAUGCCCAUCAUCAUCCAUGUGGCCCUUCUGUCUAUGGAUCAAUUGCGGGUGAUGCCUGGUACCGAGCACAAUACAUGCUUCAGGACCAAAAGAUCGGUCACUAUAUGCAUAUCCCACCCCGCGCAGUGUUCUUCUCUCAGGUAUUUGGAACCUGCAUGGGGGUUCCAAUUAAUUACCUUGUCAUCCGCUGGAUUAUGGAUACCAAGGCCGAUUAUCUGACUGGUAAGAAAGCCGACCCGCUGAACCAGUGGACAGGUCAGUCUCUCCGAAGCUCAAACACAAUGGGAGUUCAAUAUGCUGUGCUUGGCCCGAAGAGGCUAUUUGGCGAGGCAGAAAUGGUAGCACUUCCUUGGUCAUUCCUCGUUGGAGCUGUGAUCCCUCCUAUUCUGUACUGUUUCCAUCGAUUUUUCCCACGUUUGCGCAUUGACUUGUGGAACGUGAGCAUUUUCUUCGGAGGCCUGGCUAUGUUCUACGGAAAUAUCAGUACCGGGUAUAUAUCUGCUAUCAUCGGGGGCUAUAUUGUGAUGUACCGUGCCUACCGUCAUCACUUUGAGGUCUGGAAGCGCUAUAAUUACUUGAUUGCUGCUGCCUUUGAUGCUGGAUUCAACCUCAACAUGUUGCUUAUUUUCUUCUUCUUCGGAGCGAGCAAGCAGAUUUCAAUGCCAGAGUGGUGGGGGAACAAUAGCAACUCGGUGGAGCGCUGCUUUGCUCUAGAUGGCUGA